UUGACUGUGGUAUCAGGCACUAUUGAGUUCAGUAUUGAACUAUCUGUGGACAGUAGUGCUGUAAUACACCUAUGGUGUGGCUGAUUCGGCUGACAGAGUGCAUACAGGAAAAGCCGUCCAAGCUCUACCUAUGAAAUUAAAACAACUACUGUACAUUGUAGGAGAGUACAACUGAGCAAGAUGGCAGAAGGAGGUGUGACCGAUCUAGUCUUGGAUGAGACUCAGAAGGAACUUCAAGAAUGUCCUAUCUGUUGCACGGAGUACAAGGAUCCUAGGAUGCUAGAUUGCUCACACAACUUCUGCCUGAAAUGUCUGCAAGAACUGAAACGGACACAAAAUAAGGACGACAAGAAUAUUGUCUGUCCGUUGUGUCGAAGGGAAACUGCCCUGACUGAGGCUGGCGUGGACAUGCUACCUGGAGGAUCAAAGAAUCAGCAGGAACAGACUGAAGGUCAGGGGUUAAAAGUCACGUGUCAGGCAUGUGAUGAGGAGAAUGAAGCUAUUUCUCGAUGCAUGGAUUGCAAGCAUUAUCUCUGUCAAGAAUGCCUGAAGGCACACAAUCGAUUGGCAUCACUGAGGGCUCACAAGAUUGUAGACUUGACAGAGCUACCUGUUGAGUCCGAAGAAAUAACAGAGGACACUGAACUCAAGAAAGUUCCCAAGUGUUUCAAGCAUCCAGAUCAAGAUCUCUGUUUGUAUUGUAACUCAUGUGAAGUCCUCAUAUGCCGUAAAUGCACAAACAGUGAUCACAAAGAAUCCAUGCAUUCUCACAUCAGCAUCGACCAGGCGGUCAGCAGAUGUAAACAAGAAGUACAUGAAUCCGUGUCUAAAACAGAAGAGUACAUUAAAGAAUUCAUUUCUGCCAACCCCGUUUCAGUAGAUCAGAUACGUUACAGACUUGACAAGAUGCUGGCAAAAACUGACUCUCAAAUCACACUGAAAGCAGAAAAGGAAAUUGCCAAAAUCAGAGAGAAAGAAAAACAACUCAAAAAAGAGGCCAGGGACAUUGUCAUUAAACGAGAUAGAGAGUUUGCAUGUGCAGCAACACCACAGCAGACUGUGAGUAAAGUGAAUGCAGUGAUGACUACAGCAACGUGCUAUGAGAUCCUGGAGUCCAAGAAGCAAAUGCUGCGGGAUUUGAAUGAGCAGGUGGAGGUGCAUAAGAGUUUGGAUAUCAAGCAUGGGAAGUCAUUCCUUGGCUUUAAGGAGAGUGAAGAGAUUGGUCAGCUUGGGACUCUGCUCUUGGAGGAGAAAUGGGAGAGGGAUGAGACCUUUUUACCAACUAUUUACAAUCCCAAAGAUCUUGCAGCAUACUCCACAAGUGAAUUGGUUAUGGCACACUAUAAUGAACUGCGUACAUUGGAUCCAGAGGGGAAGGUGAUUUCUACAAAGACUUACAAACCUUACCACAAACCAAAUGAACCCCAUGACCCUAAUGACAUACAGAAACCAACAGCUCUAGCCAUCAACAAGGAUGAUCAACUUCUGAUCCUAGACAAUCCUGCAGUCAAGAUCUUCACCAAGGAAUACCAGCUCCUUCAUCAGUUCCUACCGGGUAAAGAGGCCGGCGUGGACGCAACGCCGAUGUGCCUGGCAGUGGACAGCAGCAAUCUGAUAGCAGUGGGUUACAAGGACAAGGAACAGAUAUCUCUACACAACCCAGAUGGUUCCCUCAUCAGAACACUGCCUGCUCCAAAGAUUGAUAGGCAUUUGACCAUCAGCAACAAGCGACUUAUUUACACCAACGGCAAUGGGGAUUUGCUGAUGGCUGUUGACUUACAUGGCAACAAACUGUUUACUCAAAGUUGUAGUGAUCCUCGUGGGCUGUGUUGUGAUGAUGCAGGUGAUAUUUACCUUUGUGCCACACCUGGAAUUUGGCAUUUCAGUGCAGAUGGCAAGCGCAUUGUGUCGAUGCAUGAUGGGAAUCCGUGUUUUCCCCAUGCAAGUACAUGUAAAUACACAACUGCACAUGAAUUAGUAGUCACAGAACCGGUCAACGGGCUCAUGAAAAUCUUCAGGUAUCACUUGGUUUAA